CCCGCGGGCUUCAUGUACCUUGGGCGCUUGAAUACAUGACGGACCUGCCCCUCCGCCAAGGCCGAGUUUUCGUGACGUCCAUCGCCAGACUCGAAAUUCCCCUCCAUCGCAACUUCUGCACUCCAGUCGACGCCCCCCCAGCAAAGAAAGCCAACUUUUUCUGUUCUCGGUGCCCCAGAUUGGCCUCACAUAGUCGCAGAUCCUGAUGCGCUUGACCAACAACCCUUAGCCAUGCCUCGCGAUCCGCUCAUCGGCCUCGUUGGCAAGCCGUCAGCCGGCAAAAGCACCACGCUCAACAGCUUGACAGAUGCCUCCUCUAAAGUCGGCAACUUUCCCUUCACAACCAUCGACCCUCAACGCGCGAUCGGCUACCUCCAGAUCGACUGCGCAUGCGCUCGACACAAUGUCUCUGAAAAGUGCCGGCCCAACUACGGGGCUUGCGUCGACGGCCGGAGAUCAGUGCCCAUUGAACUUCUGGAUGUGGCAGGACUCGUGCCGGGCGCCCACCAGGGCCGUGGCUUGGGGAACAAAUUCUUGGACGAUCUGCGCCAUGCAGAUGCAUUGAUACACGUCGUGGAUGCCUCGGGCACGGUGGAUGCCGAAGGCAAGGAAACCAGAGGAUACGACCCCUCAGUCGACAUUGCGUGGCUACGGAGCGAGAUUGUGGCCUGGAUCCUGGGGAACCUGACGCAGAAAUGGGGUUCCAUCCGGAGGAGACACAUUGCCGUCAAGGCCACGGCGGUCGAGACGCUGCAAGGCCAAUUCUCUGGUUACGGUGCGACAUCUACUGUCAUCAACCGGACGCUCGAUCGAGCGGGCAUCAAGGAAAACCUGGAGGACUGGAGCGACGAGACGGUGAAGCACAUGGUCCACGCCUUUGUGGAUGAAAAGUUCCCCACCGUCAUUGCGCUAAACAAGAUCGACCACCCGGACGCUGACAAGAACAUUUCGAAAAUAGCUAAGAUGCAAGAUCCCCAGACGAUUGUGCUCUGUUCGGCCAUUUCAGAGAUCUUCCUGCGGAAAAUGGCCAAGCAAGGGUACAUCAAGUACGUGGAGGGCAGCGAAUUCAUCGACACCAAGGAGGACCUGAUCGAGCAGGGCGAUCCCACAGGCGGCGGUCUCAAAGACCUGGACGAGAAGAACCGGACCCGCAUCGAGAACCUCAAGGACAUGGUGCUCUACCGGUUCGGAUCGACAGGUGUCGUGCAAGUGCUGUCGAGGGCGGCGGCGCUGCUCGGCCUUGUGCCCGUCUUUCCCGUGCGGAACACGUCAACCUUUCAGUCAGGCGCCGCCGAUUCCAGAUUUGUGUUCCGCGACUGCGUGUUGGUGAAAAAGGGCCUGACGGUGGGCGAUGUCGCGCGCAAGGUCAUGGGCGACGCCCCGAUAGCGUACAUUGAGGGAGUCGGCAACAUGAGGGUAGCAGAGGAUGACCCAGUGGCGGUGGGGAAAAACGAUAUAUUGUCAUUCAAGGUUGGGCGAAAUUAAGCGGCGGAGAUAUGGAAUGGGACCUUGGGGCGUUCUGGAUAUAUCAUAUAGACGUGCUCAAUGCCGGAACGCUUUCAUUUUCGUGGUAUGAAUGACGCUAUUAUUGUUGCGUACAUAGUACGCUUGGCCAUAUUCAGAGCACAGUGGAAUUCCCUUU